CGUCACUAGUCCACACAGCCAAACUAUUUACGUAUCUAUCAAUCUAUUAAUCAAUGAAUAUAGCUCUGGAUAUUUAUUAAUUUCAGAUUUAUUAGAGUUAUUAAUUCUUUCGCGAAAUUAUUAAUGUUUUAUUAUAAAUACGUUAAUUUUAUUAAUUAAAUAAUAAUAAUAAUAAGUUGUAGAAACGUUGAAUUUUCGAACUUUAGUAAGCUUAAUUUGAUAUUUUGGUUCGUUUGUCAAAGGAGUUUGGUUGAUCUUAAUCAAUCUAAGACCAGAAAACUUAAAAAAUGGACCCGACCACCACAAGAACGAAGAACGCGCAGAAAAAAAGGCGACGUCUCGAGCGAGAGAAAGCGCUCAACAUCGAGCGUCCAAAGCGGUUUUGCAACGCGUUUCUGCAGUUCGCCAAGAUGCGAACCAAGGGUACGACUGGAAGCUUGAUGGUAAAGAUGCCGGAUCUAGCCGAACAGACCACUACCAUCCCUACUAUCAUAAUCAUCCUCACCAUCAUCAUUAUAAUCAUUUCCCUCAUCUUCGCCUUCUUCGUCACCUUAGUGGAAGAACUGCCUCGGACCAUCUGCGCGAGGAGUGCUACAACCGUGCCGCCAGAGAUAAAAAAAUUUAGAAUUGGGCCCCCGUCUUCAUCUCAGCUGAUGGCAGAUUACGAGAUGAGGAAACCAAAGCGUCCUCUGACAGGCUACCAGGUCUUCAUCCAGACGUACGUCAACGCCAACAAGGACAAGAACAGGAGCCAGAAGUCUCUGUUCCGUGAAGGGGCUCGUGGCUGGAAUAAACUGUCAGAAGAGGAGAGAAGGAACUGGGUGAACAAAAGCAAACAGAUGAACGAAGAACAAAACCGAACCAAAAGCGAAUCAGCAAAACCAUGUUGCAGUAGUCAGCAGCCAGUUGCUGGCGCCAAGAAGAGGAAACGCAGUUUGACAGCAGCUUCCGCCAGGUCAGGCCAGAAGAAUAAAAUCACCGCAUCAAAAAAAUCCGCUAGCCAAAAAAGUCAAAAAAAGUCAGCCAGUCAAAGAAAGUCGACCACGCUGAAAAAAGUGGCAAGUCUGGACAAGUCAGUGACUGCGAAGAAAUCUACCAGCCACAAAAAAUCAACCUCCCAAAAGAAAUCACCUGGACAGAAAAGGUCCGCUACUUCGAAAAAGUCAACUAGCCAAAAAAAAUCAGUCACUUCAAAAAAACUGCCCAGCCAUAAAAAAGCAGGUUCCCACAAAAAGAAGGUAGAGACUCUGAAAAAGAAAAUGGCGACUGGUAAAAUCGCGAAGCCCGCUGCAGCCAAGAAAAAAUGACUCAGAAAGUGAUGUUGCUGAUGUGCAGGUAAUGUGAAAAAGCAGAGUUGAGUGAAAUGAGAUGACAUUUAAAGAUUUUAUUUUUGUAUAUACGAACAUCUUUUAUUUUUAAAAUUCUGAAAUAUCAAAAAUAUUAUAACGCGCUGACAUAUAUAAUGAAAUUUAUAUAUAGGAAAAAAUACAUUCC